AUGGAUGGCAUUACCCACAUGAAGAAUGGAGCACAUGGGUCCAUCAAAAUCCAACACAAGUAUGAACAUGUGUGGAUGAAAGCUGGGAUAGACCAAGCAAUCAAAGCUUUAACUUUUCAAAUCCAUAGGAAUGAUGAGUUGAUCAUUGAGCUUGCACAAAGGUGGUGCUCAAAGACCAAUGCGUUUGUGUUUCCAUGGGGAGAAGCAACUAUAAUAUUGGAGGAAAUGAAGGUUUGUUGGCGGUAUUUUGUUAAGGGAGCACCUAUUUCUAGCCCUCUUGUGAGUAAUGAGGAAAAGGAAAUAGAACAAGAACUUAUCCGUGCUUUUAGGAUGUUUUUCAAAUCUAAGGCCAAAAGGGCUGAUCAUAAUCCACGGAUGAAGCACUUCAUGAGUAAUGAGAGCCUAGUGGAGCAUGAGGCAAUCUUGUCGUUGUGGUUGUCGAGGUUUGUUUUCCAUGGUACAUCAUAUAGAACAAUUUUGAUAAGUGUUUCUCCUAUUGCCAUACAUUUGGCAAGAGGGACUAAGCUAGGUCUUGCUAUUGCUGUCUUAGCCAGCAUCUACAGGGAUUUGAGUUUGUUGAAUAACAAAAUUAGAAUUGUGGCGACAGUGGAGUUGGAAGUUACAUUGUGGGCUCCUUUUCAGUUGGUUCAAAAAGGUGACAACUUGAAACUGAUUUUGGACUCUGUUAGAGCUGGAAAUGGAUACAUUUGGCGCCCAUAUGAUAAUUCUCCAGCUCUCCAGCUUUACAAUGAAAAUGACAAGUGGGUAUGCAAUAAUCCCAAUUUUUAUGAUGAAUUAGAAUCCCUUGCUCAUUGCUUGAGGGUCUUAGAGUUGGUGGGUACGAAGUGUAUAGAACGGUACUCGCCAAAUCGUGUUGCUAUGCAAUUCAGGAUGGAUCAAGACAUUCCUACAAUCAAAUCCAAGGAAAGAGACAUGCAUGAUCAUUAUUUUGAAAGGAGCUCAGAACAUUUGUUACCUACAUCAUCAUCUGUGAAGAAAGAGAGCGGAGGAUUUUAUGGCCCACCACCUAGUUUUACUUCCAAGAUUAACACAGAACAAGAGGAUUUUGAUGAAGAGGGAAAAGUGUCAAUUAUUCAAUUAUCUGAUUCUUCUGAUGAGUUAGAUGUCUUGGUGAGGAAGAAGUUGGAAAUGGCAAGGCUUUGUCUAGUCCUCUAUUGGAUGUUUUUCCAUCAGCAAGUGUUGAAGGAGCAAUACGUGUGUUAG